ACAGGAUAUCAGGAUGUAUUAGUGCAUUUGUGUGUAUGUGCAAUGCCUUUUGGAACUCUUGAAUCGAUACGCCUCUGUUGUCAGGCUAAUUCCGUUUUUUUCUAUUUGUCCCACACAGCAAUAAAGAUAAAAUUUUCAAAUUUCGCGGAUUUAUCUUGGGGACCAGGUUCCUAUCUCCACCGCUUCGUGGAAAGAUGAAAGUGGGUGCCAACGCACGCCCUGCUCGCUCGCGGGAUCUGGAUCGUACGGGGCGCCGGGCGGUUGGUGUCUAUUGGGGCGGAAAUCAGAGCGGCUUAGGGUGGUCCGACGAGAUGGAGGUUAUCUUUCGAUCCGUGGUGGGCACAGGAAAGCGGCGCGCUUCGCCAACUUUUCCGUGCUGGGUCAACGCAAAUCCUCUACUAUUUGCGCAGGGUUUCUUCCUGUUUCGCCGACGGAAAAUUCGCGGCGUUCCUCUUCGUUUUUCGCGGGGAGGAGGUGCGUGCUUAGUUUCGAAAUUGAAGAAAAAUCGUGUGUCAGCAGCGAGUUUCAUUCGUUCGUCUGCCUUUUCAACAACGACGAGAAACAAGGAACCGCUUUAAGGAUUAUGCUCAUGUUAGAGGCGCCGCUAAGUACGAUGUUUUGCGGGUGCUAGCUAUCUUUACAAACGCAAAUGUCAAUUAUCAUUUUAAUUUCAAGAAAAAUACUCCUGGACGCCCAAAGGGCUACCUUUUGUGG